AUGGCGUCUGGUCAGAGUUCUGUAGCUGAGUCAACACCGAAUGGAAGAGAAACCAAUACACCUAGUCCGCCAAUACCGUGGGCUGCUGCUUUCAAAUCACCGGAGUUUGCAACGGGACUUCAAGCGGCAAUUACUCAAGCUUUGCACCAGUCAAGCGCACCGAUCGACCAGAGCGCAGGCUUGAAAGAACUGGGGAAUCCUGCGAACACGUUUCGGACUACUACGCGGACGGUCUAUCAGCUAAAGACUCAGGUAGGAGGCUCACACUCGGCAGAACACAG